GCCAUUCUUGUUAAAAAAAAGGGGGUCAUGAUAAUUGUAUCUAUGCUCUUUCUUUCAUGGCCAUUCUUUUCUCCACUUUUCCCACUCUUGGCAUCACCAAUACCAAAUCCUUGCCUUUCAACUCAAAACCCAUAAUUUGUGGGACCAACCUCACUUCCAAGAGGAACCUCGUUCUACAAACUUCAUUGCUCUGCGUUAGCAUUAGCAUUGGCCUAACUCCUCAAGUCCCAGUUGCGCAGUCUUCACCUCAAGUGUUGCCGUCCAAACCGCUUCUUUCUAGCAUUGAAAAUACGAAAUCUUGGUUUCAGUUCUAUGGCGAUGGGUUUGCCAUUCGAGUCCCACCAGAUUUUCAGGAUAUCACGGAACCUGAGGAUUUUAAUGCUGGACUGUCUCUUUAUGGAGAUAAGGCAAAGCCAAAGACUUUUGCAGCACGGUUUGCAUCUUCUGAUGGAUCUGAGGUUCUGAGUGUUGUUACUCGGUCAACCAAUCAACUUAAAAUCACCUUCUUGGAGGCACAGGAUGUAACUGAUUUAGGGUCCUUGAAGGAAGGAGCAAAAAUAUUUGUUCCAGGAGGGGCAACAAUUUACUCUGCACGAUCAAUAAAAAUAAAGGAAGAAGAAGGUUUUAGGACUUACUAUUUCUAUGAAUUUGGUAAAUAUGAACAGCACAUAGCAUUGGUGGCAGCUGUCAGCGGUGGAAAGGCAAUUAUAGCUGGAGCAACUGCACCACAGUCCAAGUGGGACAGUGAUGGUGUAAAACUUCGUUCUGCUGCUAUAUCAUUGACAAUUCUGUAGUCAUGUGCUGAAAUAUUUUAACUGGUUCCCUACUUGUAACCUGCAUGGUUACAGUAAUCUUGACACACGGCUCAUCGCGUGCUCAGCAGCUAGUGAAAGCUGAAAAGCAGUUAAUAAUGAGUUGGACUUUAAAUCAAUAUUCUGUUGAAUGUCGUGAAUCUCCUGUUUAAAUAUUAUUGAUAAUUUUUGGUCUAAAGUAUUGAAAUUUGA